AUGAGCAGCAAUCGCAUCCAAACUUCACGAUCGUCCAAACCCACUCUUCCGAAUACCACCUCUUCGUUACAACCCCAAAAACUCAAAGAUUCCUGCGACAAAUGCUCUGCCUCAAAAGUACGUUGUACGAAAGAGAAACCCUUCUGUGCCCGUUGCGAUAAGCUCGGAUACACAUGCUUUUACAGCCCAGCAAGACGGGCUGGCCGGCCCUACCGGUCAAAAAAAGAGAUUUCAUCGGGAAGCAAUAGCGAAGAAUCAAACCGACUCUCUGCGAGAGACAUAACAACGACCCAGUUUGUAGACGAAAGUGCUAGACUAUAUUCCCGCUUCAAUGGCUCUACACCCAUCAACGUGACACCCAAUAUCUCAACCUCAAAUUCCAUUCCGUCCACCAAUGAAACGGAACAGCCAGACCUCAAUACCGCAAAAAGCCACGAAGCCUCCGAUCCGGAUUGCGUGCUAGUCGUUCUGGACAUAUUCUCCGAAUUAGAAGCGUCAGCAGAGCAAUUCAGACGAGGACCACCCGUAGACGCAAGUCUUCUCAACACAACCGCACAAACUAUCUCAGCAACCUUCCAUCGUCUCUCUACGAUUUUGAUCUGCCCUUGCUCCGAGCGAGCGGAGGUGGGGAUGCUCGUUUCCGCAAUUUGCAUGUCCAUCAUCGACAUGCAUGCCAUGACAAUUUCAAACUUUGCGGAAGAUCAGCCUCCAGCUGGGCUACUCAGUCAGCCAACGCCAUGGGAUAGUCCCGGUGUCGCGUCUCUUAGGUCCCCUGCGCAUGAGGCUACGGCUAUGCGGGUUUUUACGGAGCUUUCGGAGCUGGCCAGGCUCAUUUUACAGCUUACCGAGCGCUAUGAUGAAGGGGGUGGGGCUUUAAAUUGGGAUGGUCUAGGAAAUGGAUCGGAGCUGCCAACGGACAUCAUGCCGGCAAUGGCUACUUUCUUGCGUGAGAGGUUGCAGCAAAUCACGAAUGACGCUACUCAUUGGCUUGGAUAA